UCUGCUCUGCUGCCAUCAUCGUUACAGUUCACUUGAUGUCUGCUUCUUCCACAAACUCAAACUGUGCACUCGAAGAGGCUCACCAGUGAAGGGCACUAUGGUUGUUGUGGAAACACUUGUCAUGGCAGCCUUAUGUUCUACUGUGUUUGGUACGACUGGUACAGAUGACUGGUCAGUGCACUACCCUCCUAGUACAUCAGUGUGUGCCUUGAAAGGCGCUACAGUGGAGCUGAACGCCACAUGUACCUACCCCUCCUCUCACGUCCUCACUGACACCCUGUGGCACUUGACAUGGCCGAAACAUGGGGAGCCAACCAACAUCAGCCGUUUGCCAGAAUACAGCAACCGUGUGGAAUGUGUGUGGUACACACCUAAAGUACAAACUAAGUGGUCCCACGUGCGUGGGUCCAACGUUAAAGUCUGUGGGGCACAAUCCACUCUGAGAAUAAGAGAUGUGAAAAAGAGUGACUCUAGAGAGUACCUCUUCAGGAUUCACACCAGGUCUUCUCACAAUAAAGGUGAAAAGUACAGUGGCUCACCUGGAGUUACGCUCAGUGUCACGGACUUGGUGGUGACUGUGUCCUCUACCAUGGCGACAGAGCGCCAGUCUGUGACGCUGACCUGCAGCACCACCUGCAGGCUGACUCAGAGUGUGACAUUCACCUGGUACAAGAACAGACGUGAAUUACCUCAACCAUAUUAUCACACCUACAAGUACUCACGUUAUGGCAUGAAUGAUGAGUACUUAACCCUCAACUCAGUCAGCAGAGAGCAUUCUGGGAACUACUCUUGUGCUGUGAAGGGGAGACAAGAUCUCAUCAGCCAUCCGAUACACAUAGAUGUCAGAUACGGACCCAAGAACACAUCUGUCUCUCUGUAUCCACCUGGCGUUGUCGUCGUGGAGGGAGAGUCGGUGAGGCUGGUCUGCAGAGCCGAUGCCAACCCAGCGGUGCACGCCUACACCUGGCUGAAGCAGCAACACAACACUGACAGUGUUAUUAUAACAACAGGAGAGAGCUACUACAACAUCACUGAUGUCCGCGCUGAGCACAGUGGAGGGUAUCGAUGCAGGGCCAGGAACGCAGUCAGUGAAGCCACCUCCGCACCAGUGCAGAUCGAUGUUCAAUACCCUCCGAGGGGUUUUAAAGCUACCAUCAUCAGUCCCUCGGGUGACAUCGUGGAGGGUCAGACUCAGAGCGUACUUCUGACCUGCGACGGUGACGCCAACCCUCCGCCUCACACAUACACCUGGUACAAGGGGAGCGGAGCACACCGCUCGAAUGUGGGAGCGGGACAAAAUCACAGCCUGCUGAAUGUGACCAGCAGACACUCUGGGGAGUACCACUGUAAUGCAGAAAACCUCCAAGGAUCAACCAAUUCCACACCUGUCUAUGUAGACGUUUUCUACCCCCCAAAGAAUGUCAACGUGUCCGUCAGCUAUGUAGAGAAGACUGGCUCUGUCAGGCUGUCGUGUAUGAGUGAUGCCAACCCAGCUGAGCAGAGCUACACCUGGCACGCUGAGAACACUGCAGCAGGAGAGGAGGCCUCCAUACGAGGCAUAGGGAAGCACAUAACACUGGACCACGCAGAGAGCGGAUUUUACUACUGCCAGGCCAGGAACAAAGCUGGAGCCACUGAGUCUGGCAUCAAAUACAUUCCAGAACAACAACGGCUUGCUACCCGUUAUGCAAUAUUCUUCACUGUGGCUGUAGGAGCCUUGAUCAUCUGCAUCUUGCUGAUCUUAUUGAGAAAGAAAAUGUUUAGGUUGACCAGCGCUGAGGACACGCCUGCUCCUCCCGACACAGUUGCACAGGGUGACUCAGGUCCGGUGUACGCCAACGUCUCGAAGAGCAGCAGCGCCCCCGUGACCUCUGACCCCGAAGAGAGGAGAGCGAAUGCCGAGGACGAUGACGUCCACUACAGCAGUGUGUACUUUAAACACUGUGACAAACAGGAAGUGACUGCAAAAGGGGCGCUGGUGGAGGGCAAGACGAAGCCCUCCGCAGCGUCACCACCACCAAAUGAGGAAGUGCUGUACAGCGCAGUCAACCUCCGCCACCACCACUCCAUGGAUCUCCAAUGCCUUCAGAUGCUGACAAGCAUACUGAUUUUAAUAUCAGGUGUCCUAAGUGAUGGUCUUCAGGUAACUCUGGAUCCUCAGGUGACCUACAGCAGCCAAAGUAUAUGUGGCCUGAAGGGUUCGUCUCUGGCUGUGACUUGCUCUUUCUCACCACCCACAAACCAAACCAUCUCCUCAGUCUUCUGGUUCACUUCCAAACAAAGACAUCACUGGAGGAGUGAAGACCAACCAGAGGAUCUCCUGCUAGAUGCUGAUUAUAUGGGACGUGUGACAUACUCUGGAACUGAAGGCAGUUCUGAGCUUACCAUCACCGACCUGAGACUUGGAGACUCAGGAGUUUACCGCUGUCUGUAUGUGUCCAAUGAGGGCAUAUAUUCAGAUUCAACUGGAGUCAACAUAACAGUUACAGACCUGCAGAUCAAGGCCAUGGGCCAGGACUCAGUGGUCAUGUCUUGCAACACCUUGUGCACAUUGGAGUUCAAAACUCUGAAAGUUUCAGAUGGGAUUACGUUUUUAUACUUCAACAUAUUCAAAAAUGGAAAAUUUAGAAAUCAUUGGUUCCCUAAUCGCCCGACUAUACAGCUGAGUAAUGAUGAUGGGGGAAGUUACACAUGUGCUGUUGGAGGCCUUGACCAUCUCCCUUCUCCUGCAGUGUGUGUUGGGGUGUGA